GACCAAUGCCGUACUUUAGAGUUCAGGCCUGGGAUGGUAUUUGCUGGCAAACGCCUUGUGAACCACAGGAUCCGUAUCAUUGAAGUCAUGGAAAAACGGUUUUGCAGAGCGCUGUGUUUCAUGGAGCCCGACUGUGUCAGCAUCAACCUUGAUAAACGAGUUGAUGGAAGUGGAAACUAUAAAUGCGAAUUGAAUAAUGUUACUCACGAAGGACACGAACAUGAGCUGAGGGAGGAAGAAAAUUCGUUUUAUCAUGCAGCAAAGAGCGCUUGUGUUAAAAACUUUUGCAAGAACAACGCUACUUGUCAAAGCGGUUUUAACGACAAAGGAUAUCGCUGUUUGUGCACUGCUGGAUUCAAAGGUCGACACUGUGACCAAGAUGUCGAUGAGUGUUCUAGCGGAUUUCACAGCUGCAGUGCUGAUGCCGUGUGCAACAAUACCAAGGGAUCAUACUAUUGUACAUGUAAACCUGGGUAUUCCGGAGAUGGAUGGUCUUGCAAUGAUAUAAACGAGUGUAUUGAGGGAAUAUCCAACUGCAGUAUCGAUGCUGUGUGCAACAAUACCAAAGGAUCCUACAACUGUACUUGUAGACCAGGAUAUUCUGGAAAUGGACAAACGUGCAAAGGUCCAUCCUUUUACACAUGUAAAGAAAUUUUCAAAAGUCAAAGGUCGACAAAGAGUCAAGUUUACCCCCUGAUGUUUGGUUCACAAAACGUUCCUGUUUACUGUCACAUGGGAAGCUUUGGAUGCGGAGAUGGAGGAUGGACUUUGGCCAUGAAGAUUGACGGCAAGAAGAAAACCUUCCAUUAUGAUUCCAAGUUUUGGAUCGACAAAAAUAUCUACAACCUUCCCGGAGGAAAGACUGGCUUUGACUCAGAGGAGACCAAAUUACCAACCUACUGGAACACACCCUUCUCCAAGAUAUGCCUCGGUAUGAAAAUCAACCAACAGCUCAGGUUUAUUGUCAUCAACAAGCAGGCAAGCUCUCUCCACUCACUGAUCGCUGAUGGAAAAUACCGCAACACUGCACUGGGUCGCAACACGUGGAAGAAGUUGAUCGGCUCGCAAUCCUCCUUACAGGCCAACUGUAACAAGGAAGGCUUCAAUGCUGCGGGCAGUUCCAAAGGCUCUUCCAAAGCAAGAAUUGGUAUUCUUGGAAAUAAUGAAAAAAACUGCGCGACCACUGAUUCCAGAAUCGGCUUUGGAACAGGAGGAUAUCAGGAUGACACCAUCACUUGUGGAAAUGAUGCAAUAAAAGGUCACACAUCAGACAAUGGAGAGAAACACAUCAAAGCUAUGGGAUAUAUCUUGGUGCAGUGACAAGGGAAUCGUUGAACCAUCCGUGACAUGUCUUUCGAGCAAUUCCCAGAGUGAACUCAAAUAUAUGUAGAUGUAGAUAUAGGGGUUAAAGCUAUUAAAAAAAAAAGUCGUUCAAAACUGA